CCGCGAGCCCGGCCGCCAAGGACAAAAGAGCGGCCGCGUCCCCAGCGUCGCCAUGAGCCACGCCGAGAUGGGCAAGUUCAACAUCUCCCCCGACGAGGACAGCAGCAGCUACAGCUCCAACAGCAACGAUUUCAGCUACCCGUACCCCACCAAGCCGGCCGCCAUGAAGAGCCGGUAUGCAGAUAUUGAUCCAGAAAACCAAAAUUUCUUACUUGACUCUAAUGCUGGAAAGAAGAAAUAUGAAACUCAGUAUCAUCCUGGUACUACUUCCUUUGGAAUGUCAGUAUUUAAUCUGAGCAAUGCUAUUGUGGGUAGUGGCAUCCUUGGUCUUUCUUAUGCCAUGGCUAACACUGGAAUUGCUCUUUUUGUGAUACUCCUGCUAUUUGUCUCAAUAUUUUCUUUGUAUUCAGUGCAUCUCCUUUUGAAGACUGCUAAUGAAGGAGGCUCUUUAUUAUAUGAACAAUUAGGAAUGAAGGCAUUUGGUAUGGCUGGAAAACUUGCUGCUUCUGGAUCAAUUACAAUGCAGAACAUUGGAGCUAUGUCAAGCUACCUCUUCAUAGUGAAAUAUGAGUUACCAUUGGUCAUCAAGACAUUUAUGAACAUCGAAGAGAACACAGGAGAAUGGUACCUUAAUGGUGACUACCUGGUGCUGAUGGUGUCCAUCAUUCUCAUUCUUCCUCUGUCCUUACUGAAAAAUUUAGGAUAUUUGGGCUAUACCAGUGGUUUUUCCUUACUUUGCAUGGUCUUCUUCCUGAUUGUUGUAAUCUGGAAGAUGUUUCAGAUUCCUUGUCCUAUGGACAGUGACAUCAUGAACGUGACUGUAAAUUCAACACUGGUACCUUUAAUAGAUGAAAACAUAACAACUGAUGACAUAUGCAAACCAAAGUACUUCAUUUUCAAUUCACAGACUGUCUAUGCUGUCCCAAUCCUAACAUUUUCUUUCGUCUGCCAUCCUGCAAUUCUUCCUAUUUAUGAAGAACUGAAAAGCCGAAGCCGUAAAAGAAUGAUGAAUGUGUCCUACGUUUCUUUUUUUGCCAUGUUUCUCAUGUAUUUAUUGGCUGCUCUCUUUGGAUACUUGACAUUUUAUGGAAACGUUGAACCAGAAUUGCUUCAUACCUACUCAGCUUAUCUGGGUGCUGAUGUUCUUCUUCUCAUCGUACGGCUCGCAGUACUUAUGGCUGUAACCCUAACUGUACCUGUAGUUAUUUUCCCAAUCCGCAGUUCUAUUACCCAGCUGCUGUGGGCAGGAAAAGAGUUCAGAUGGUGGCGUCACUGUGCGAUUACAGUUGCUCUUCUGACGUUCACCAACGUGCUUGUUAUCUUUGUCCCUACCAUUCGGGACAUCUUUGGAUUCAUUGGUGCAUCUGCUGCUGCCAUGCUGAUCUUCAUACUCCCAUCUGCAUUUUAUAUCAAACUAGUCAAGAAGGAACCAAUGAAGUCAGUGCAGAAAAUUGGGGCUGCACUCUUCUUUCUGAGUGGUAUACUUGUGAUGACUGGGUGUAUGACACUGAUUAUUUUAGAUUGGACCCACAAUGAUGCAUCUGAUGGCCAUUAAUUGUCCUGGUUUAAUCUGUAAAACUCCACUUCAAAUGCCAGUGUUCACUCAGAUACCUACCGAGAGUGAAAAUGAGCUAUUCAGCUUCCUUUAAAAUGCAGAUUCUUUGUUGCUGGUUCUUCUGACUGUAGAAUACCUGAACCUUGUCUUUAAGAAACUAUUCUGCAUGAUGGAAAUGGAUAUUAACAUCAAGCCACAGGAGUGUCUGGCUGAAGGAAGUGACAAUUUUAUUCCAUUCCAGAGAAUGGACAGAACUCUCUGUAGACUUUUAUCAAGCCAUGUUUGGCUUUUGUCAUUGUUACUUGGAUAUUUUGUUAUUUUACUUGAAUGUGCCUAAUGGAACCAUUUGAUGUGAGAAAUAACUCGUAAUUUACAACAAAGUGUUUGACUAACCAAUGAGAGAGAGAAACACUAUUAUUUUUUGUACCAAAAAUUCUUAUGGACCUCAAAAGCACUAUUUUGACUUUAAGAAACAUUUUUCUAAAGAGAAGGAAUAACACAAAGCUCUCAAAAAUAUUUAAUCGGUGUCCUAAAUUAUAUAUAACAUGCCUUUCUGUAGAGGCAGAAUUAGAAAGUCUUAUUUUAAAAAGUAAUGACCAAAACAGAAAAAGAACAACCAAUUUAAGUCGAAAACCUCUUCGUUACAAAUGCUUUCGAUAGAAUUCACUUAACUUGAAGUGUAGUGAAAAUAAUUCUCAAUAUCUUUACUCAGUUUACGUGAGUAACUACAAUUUAUCUUAGUUUCUGAAAAUGGUAGGGAAGCUCAAAUUUUCAAGCUUUAAAAACAAUUCAGAAUGGGUAGAUUUGAGAAAAGUAUAGUUAAUGUAGAACCUAUAAAGACGGUGUUGACAUUUCCCUUCUUGAGGUACUCAAUAGUGCAAUUGGGUGAAACAGGGUUUGGGGGUUUUUUGUUUUUGUUUUUGAUUUCUUUCAAUUGCAAAUACAACCUGAAUGGCACUGGAGCACAUCAUGCCAUUAAUACAGAACUCCCUCCUGGAGUCUUCUGUAUCCGUUUAUAAGGUCCACUGUCAGUUGUAGCUCUAUUUGGUGUUUUUUUCUGCCCAAUCUGUCUUGGAACAUGCCAUAAGAAAAUUUUUGUUAAACUACUAAUGUAGUUUACUAGUUGUAUAAUAUUCAAAAACUGUACAGUAUUUCUCAAAUUACUCAUCCGUUAUUGGAUUAUGAAUUACUUGACUAUUUUGUUUAUAAGUCAAAUCCACAAAAUAACUGCACCAUGCUUGGUACCAACUCUCUUCACAUACACAACUGGGAUUCCUCUUGCAAUUUAUACUGUAUAGUAGUACUAAAGAUAACCUCAUAGGCUGGGUAGUCAUCUCAUACUUGUUUGCUUCAGAAAUAGUAGGUUUCAUAUGAACCCUCGCUAGCUAGCUAAUAAAACAGGUGCUGUAUGGUUGUGAUUAGCUGUUUCAUUUCUCUUGCAUGUUUACUCCUUCAUUCUUAUCCCAGGUUGAAGAGAAAUAACACUUUUAUAACGGCAUACUUGGCUUAUAAGAGGUUCUCAGACAUGACGAUAUUGAGUACGAGAGCCUAGGUAGAGAUUAUUAAUGAAAUAGUCAUGGCAAUGUGGUCAGCUGUCUUCAUCUAGCUUAAAAUGUUCUUUCUAAAAAUAUGAUUUACAAGAUCUGCUUAGUAGUUGUGUCACAGGGAAUAAGUAAGGGCAUGUAAUCCAUUUGUUAAACAGCUCCUGAGAUGUUUUGCUCUUCUAGAAUCAAUCAGGAACCAACCUAAAUUAUAGUCACUCUUUGUCAGGUAAUGUCAAUCUCUGCCCAGCCAUUUAGAAUCUAUGAAAAAGGUGAGAAUAUUUUGUAUCAAUAUUUCUGCAUGACUAAUGCUACAGGUCACUAUUUCUGUAAUAUUUAGCUAUAAUGAGAAGUUAGAUUCCUCAUCUGGUUCGUAUCUUUAGUCCAGUGGUACUCAACUGGCAACUAACAGUCCUGGAGUCAGCACUGACUAGAGCUCCUAGGUACUCUCUGCCUCAGGUACUUGGCACCGUGAUACCUGACCUGUGUACGGGUGUGCUCGGCACGCGCCUCGGCACUCGGCAGCUUUUCCUCUUCCCUCUGCGUACCUGUAAAGGUGGGAGAGGAUUAAAAUGUUCUCUACCUUUGAGCAAUUUGUAGCACAAGGGAUGAAGCACUUCCCUUGCCAGCACUAAAAGGGGAGUGAGAAACAGCCUCCCUCCUCUCAGUAACCAUGCAGGAGGAAGAGGGGUAGGUGAGCAGCUACUGCACAGCCCUUCUUGGCAGCCAAAGAGGAGGAAGGUUUUGUGGUGACAGCUCCUCGUGCUGUGUCAUAUGUGUCACUUAAUUCUCUUAAUGUAGCAACUUGUGGCUUUUACAUGGUGUAUCAUAUGUGAUGGCUGACUCUCCAGCUGCUGCAGUUGAGUUCCACUUGGCUGGGCUGAUUUCCAAUAUAAGAAUAAUUGUCCACACCUGUCUGCUUAAAAGUUGCCUAAAUAACAAACCACCUGAAAGAGCAGCUUCAGUAUUAAACCACUGUUUUGUCACCUCAGUUAGACAUUACUGUCUUCCAUGGUAUUUCAGUCAUAAGUGUAACAUGUUAUUUAUAAAGCAUUAAUCCAUUAAAACUAAGCCUAUUUUUCAAUAUUUAUGAUAGUCUGUGUACAUAAAACUGUAUGUGUGUAUAUACUGUAAGUAUAGUGUAUAUAAUGUAGGUUUGGGAUUUGGGAUAUGUGUAUAUAUUCCUCUCUCAUCGAUUAUUGCGUCAUUUCAAUGAGUUGUUCAUGUUGUACAUCUGUAUCAGA